AAAAAAAAAUUUUUUUUUUUGUUCACACGUUCAUGUGUGAAAUAAAUUAAAUAAAUAAAAAUAGAAAUUCACUUUUUAUUUAAAAAAAAAAAGAUAACUGAUAAUUAAAUAAAUAAUAAUAAAGGUUUACUUAAGUAAAUGUCUUCGAAACAUUCACCGAAAUCUUCACAGGGGAGUAUUUCAAGCGAAGGUGACAUAUUUUUUGAAGCAACAACAGAAAUAACAGAAAUAGAAGUUAUAAAUGAAAAUGAAAAUGAAGAAAGGACUUUCAACGACAACAAUAACAAUGAUAAUAAAAAUAACAAUAACAUUUACUUAAAAAAUAAAAAUAGUGAUAUAUGGCAACAAUAUCGUAAAAAUAAUGGCAGUAGUAGUAAUAAUAGCAGAGUAAUUCGUCAUUAUCCAUCAUCAUCAUUAGAUUCAACAACAACUGCUUAUAUGACACCACAAGGUUCAACAAGUAAUUUAUUAAUUAAUACUAUGAGACAAUCAGUACAAUCAAUAAUUAAUCAAAGUCAUAAUAAUCAAUCAGACAUUGAUUUGUCUACAACAGCGUCAUCUCCAUUUAUUACUAGUCCUUCUUCUCCAUUUGAUACUAAUAGGUUAACAAUGGACUUCAAUAAUUAUAAUAUUUAUAAUAAUAAUAAUAAUAAUAAUAAUAAUAAUAAUAAUAUUGGUAAUAAUGGUAAUAAUAAUGGUAAUAAUGGUAAUAGUGGUAAUAGUAAUGGUAAUAAUGGUAACAAUAAUGUUAAAAACAUUAAUAUUAAUAAUCCGUAUAAUUAUUCAUCCAGUAGUAAUUCAGCGGCAGUUACAACUAAAAUAAGAGAAUAUGAAUCAUUGAUUAAAAGAUCUUCGCAUUCAAAUUUAAAUCCUAUAAUAGAAUCUGAGAUUAAAACAGUAGAAUCAUCAUAUUCAUCAAAACCAAAAUAUAAUCAUACGGUUCAACCUUCUUCAGGAUCAAAUACUUACGUAGGGGAACCUUAUGAUCAUGUUGAAAUAGAAAAUAAUAACGAUAAUAAUAAUGAUAAUGAUGAUACAAAUAAUAAUUUACAUGAAGAAAAUCUUUUAAACAAAGAAGCCGUUUUAAAGUCAAAAUCUUCUGUUAAACCUAAUAACAGUAAAAAAAUUACCGGUGAAGGAUCAUCAUCGAACAUUGAUGUUGAACAUAUCAAUAAAGAUGAUAGUACAAAAAAAAAUCGUAAUAGGCCAAUAAAGUCAUCUCGACAUAAUAGAAAUAAUUCUUCUGAGAUCAUUAUAGAAGAAGAAGACUAUAGUGUAAAGAAUUCGAAAAGAAUAUCAAAAUUAUCAUUUAUAACAACUAAAGGUGGAGAUACUACUACUUCAAGAAGUGAAAGUACAAUAGAAGUAGGAGUUAUAGAUUCCCCAAUAUCGCAAAAACAUCUAACCAACACAAACGAUAUCACUACAGCGUUUUCUCCAACUACUUCAUUUAAUCAAAUUUUUAGAGAAUCGAUUAGAACGAAAAAUGUUAUAAGACUUAAAAUAUGGGAAAAAUUUCUUUUAAUGAUUGGAUGUUGUCUGAUACUUUUUCUUGCAAUACUUGAUGUUAAUUUGGUAGCAAAUCAAUUGCCCAAAAUUUUGGAAGAAUUUAAAUCCGGUGAAGAAUUUUCAUGGUUAAUAAAUAGUCAUAGUCUAACAAGUACAAUGUUACAACCAUUUUGCAGAAAAUUAUCAACAAUAUUUGGAAAAAAAUUGACAUUUUUAGUAUCAAUUUUAAUAUUUGGUGCGAGUUCAGUAUUAUGUGGAGCAUCACAAAAUAUUCAAUGGCUAAUUGCAACUAGAGCAACCAUGGGAAUAGGAAGUGGUAUGAUAGCAUCUAUGACAUUUAUUAUUAUAUCAGAAGUUUUACCUUAUAAACAAAAAGUAUUUUAUAAUAUUGUUAUGAACAUAAUAUUUGCUAUAGCAUUUAUAAUUGGUCCACUAUUAGGUGGUUUAUUUGUAGAUUAUGUUUCAUGGAGGUGGUCAUUUUACAUGAAUGGCCCAUUAUCAAUAAUAUGUAUAAUAAUAUUGUUAAUCGCACUAAGAAAAUUUGGUAAAUCAUCUGAAAAUACUUCAACCAAAUUAAAAGAGGUUGAUUGGUUGGGAAUCUUCCUGCUGGCUUCAGGAUUAUUAUUAUUACUUUUUGGUUUAAAUUAUGGAGGAAAUAAAUUCCCUUGGAUUAGUGUGACAAUAUUAACAAUUUUUGGGGUCGGAUUUGUUAUUUUAAUGUUUUUUGGAAUAUUUGAAAAAAUAUUUGUUAAAAAACCUUUAAUACCAACAUCAAUGUUCAAAGAUUCUUCUAUAAGGGCCAUAUUUGGAUGUUUUUAUUUUAUUGGCUGGAUACAAGUGAUAGUAAUUUAUUAUACUCCAAUAUAUUUUCAAUACGUUCGUUUGCAAUCGGCUACACAAUCUGGUAUAUCACUUUUACCUUUAGUAUCAAGCGUCGUAAUAUUUUGUGCAAUUAGUGGAACGUUGGUAAUUAAAUUUGAAAAGUAUAAAUGGUUAUUAUAUAUUGGUUCAAUUUCACUAAUAGGUGGUGGAUUUUUAUUGUCAACAUUAAAUUUAACUACAGAAACAUUAUUACGUGUGAUAGCAUUAAUAGUUAUUGGAUGUGGUAUCGGAACCCAAUUUAUUUUAUUAAUACCUGCUUUACGUGCCGUUAAGAAAGGAGAAAAAUCUGGUAUGAUCGGACUUUGUAAUUUUUUUAGAGGUUACGGAUUUAUAUUUGGCAUAUCGAUAUCAACAGCACUAUUUGAUAAUCAUAUUUUAUCGAAUAUGAAAAAUACACAAAAUUAUCCUAUUAAAAGUUCUCUUAAUGAUGUAUUAUCGCUUAAAAAUAUUCGACAAUUAGAUGAAGAACAAAAGAACAUAAUAUUAAAUAGUAUUAAUAAUGGCAUUUCAACAAUUUACAUACUUUGUAUAUUUGUGGCUGUAAUGGGUUUAAUCUUUGCUUCUUUUAUAAAAAAUUAUAACUUAAGAAAUGACACAGAAGAUAAUAACAAUAAUAGUAAUAAUAAUAAUUUUGAAGUAUUAAAUGAAAAGAUAAUAUAAUAAUAGAUAGUUGCUU